AUGAAUGUUCUAUUCCUAGCUGGCUUUUUAGACAAAACAAAAUUGAACCGGAAAUUGGUAAUUUUUCCUAAUUAUUCAAUUCCAUAUUGGUUCGGAAGGUAUCACGAUUCCUUUGAAACUUAUUCAGUUGGAAGUUAUAAGGAUGAAGAGCAUUAUUACGCAUGCAUUGAUCACAAUAAUUAUUCAAGUGGCAAUGAUCCAGACGGCCAUAUCCGCUUCCGACCUCUUCCAUACCCUAUACCUAAAGGGAUAGAUCUAGAAUAUGCAAGGCCUCGUAAAAGAGGAUCCAAUAGCACCUGUAUGCCUAAACAUGCGGAAGGACCGACAAUAAGUACCGGAGUUCCAAAUUGUUCAUUUUCCACUAGAUUGGCUACAACCAAAAGUUUAAUCAUUUUUACAACAAAAAAUCAAUCUGAAACAACAACGAUAGCUCCAGAAGUUAGCCCGAACCCUCCAGCAAAUUUCAACCUAAUAUGUACGAAUGGUUUCCAACUAGUCAAUGGAAAAUGUUGGAAAUUCAUUUCCCAACAUCAAUCUAAAAACAAUUCUGAUUUGGAAUGCCAAAAAUACUCUGGAAGUGGCCUUGCUACAAUACAAACUGCACAAGACAACCUUGAACUUCAAAACUUUCUGAAAAAUCAAAAUGUUGGCAGAGUUUGGAUCGGUCUAGAAUGUUUUGGGAAUGAGGAGGAAAAGUGUGAAUGGGACAAUCAACAGGGACCAUUAACAGAAUAUAGUAACUUUGGACAAGGAUUUCCAAAUUGGUUCAUUGGCAAUUGCACAUAUUUUGAUAGUGCCACUGGAAAAUGGAUAAGUGCAGAUUGUGAUGUAUACGAAAUGGCUUAUGUGUGUGAAUUGCCAACGACGAUAGAAGACACCUGUGAGUAUAACUAUGCUGACCACUGUUAUCUACGAAACGACGCCUGGAUAUCAUUUCAAGCAGCUCUAGACACGUGUCACCAACAAUGUUCCGAAAUGGUUUCAGUCCAUUCUGAACUCGAAAAUCGAUUCAUCCAAUCCAUGUACCUCGAUGUAACUGAUCAAUCUAUUCUAUGGCUCGGUGGUCUAGCUGCUCAACAAGAUUAUAUUAUGUGGACUGAUAAUUCACCGAAUGAUUAUCAAAGUGAUUACAGUGCUUUUAAUAAUUCAGCUAGUUGCUUAACUAUGAGUUAUCGAUCUGGGAGCCCUUAUUCCGAUACUGUACCUAUCUGUAAUAAUGGAUUUGACUUGAACGGAGGAAAUUGUUGGAAAUAUAUUCCAAAAAAGUUAACACAAGCAGAUGCAGAGAAGGAGUGUCUAAAGUACAAUGGAGCAACUUUGUUGGACAUCAGAACGGAUACUAUAAACACUGCUCUCCAACAGUACCUGCAAAAUGAAAAGGUUUCUAGUCCCGUCUGGCUUGGGUUAUACUGUACUCAGACUGCAAAUCUUGGCAAAUGCCAAUGGAGCUUCAAUCGAGGAAACACCGUGAAAGUGAAACAUUUUGCAGAUAAAAAUCCAAAUGUUGCAAUAGGAAAUUGUGUUUAUUUUGAUGUUUCCUCAAAACAAUGGUACAGUGAGAAAUGCACAGAGAAGAUGGGAUUCUUGUGUGAAGUGCCCAUGACGGCGGAAGAUUCUUGCGUCCACAACUACAAUCAUAACUGCUAUUUUCCCAUCACCUCCACCCCACACACUUUCGCCCACAGUCAUCAGGCUUGUCAAAAAAAGUAUUGCGCAGAUCUAGUUUCCAUUCAUUCUGAACUCGAAAAUCGAUACGUGGCAUCUUUAUUCAACCAUUCGGGAGACACAAUCAUCGGAGGAAUGGCACCAACAAUGAAUACAGUAAUCUGGGGUGAUCGCUCGCCAGCUUUCUACAAUAAUCUCAAAAAAAUGGGAAGUGGAAAUUGUUUACAUAUGAAUGUUGGGAAAAUCGAUGGUACAAAUGGUCAAUGGUUCAGUACUAGAUGCUCUGGAAGUUAUAGUUUUGUGUGUAAACGGCCGACUGGAAUAAAGUGCGGAACUGGAUAG